GGAGUUGGAGCUGACGGGGUCGCGGUGCCGGUGGUGGUCGAGGGCCGGAUCGAAGCUCGGGUUCCCUUCCUGAAACACUCGGCGACUAUAAAGCAAUUGGCAAGAUAGGAGAGGGAACGUUUUCUGAAGUUAUGAAGAUGCAGAGCCUGAGAGAUGGAAACUACUAUGCGUGCAAACAAAUGAAACAGCGCUUCGAAAGUAUUGAGCAAGUGAACAGUCUCCGAGAGGUACAAGCACUGCGGCGCCUGAACCCGCACCCAAACAUUCUUACGUUGCACGAAGUGGUUUUUGACAGAAAAUCUGGUUCUCUUGCACUAAUAUGUGAACUUAUGGACAUGAAUAUUUAUGAGCUAAUACGAGGGAGGAGACACCCAUUGUCCGAGAAGAAAAUCAUGCGCUAUAUGUACCAGCUGUGCAGGUCCCUCGAUCACAUGCACAGAAAUGGAAUAUUUCACAGAGAUGUCAAACCAGAAAAUAUAUUGAUAAAGCAAGAUGUCCUGAAAUUAGGGGACUUUGGAUCCUGCCGGAGUGUCUACUCCAAGCAGCCGUACACCGAGUACAUCUCUACCCGCUGGUACCGGGCCCCGGAGUGUCUGCUCACCGAUGGCUUCUACACGUACAAGAUGGACCUGUGGAGUGCUGGCUGCGUGUUCUACGAGAUUGCCAGUCUGCAGCCCCUUUUCCCUGGAGCAAAUGAACUGGACCAGAUCUCCAAAAUCCACGACGUCAUCGGCACUCCGGCCAGGAAGACUCUCAGCAAGUUCAAACAGUCGAGAGCUAUGAGUUUUGAUUUUCCUUUUAAAAAGGGAUCAGGAAUACCUCUACUGACAACCAGUUUGUCCCCACAAUGCCUUUCUCUCCUGCGCGCAAUGGUGGCCUACGACCCCGACGACAGAAUCGCUGCCCACCAGGCCCUCCAGCACCCCUACUUCCAAGAGCAGAGGGCACUUGAGAAUCAGGCUCUGGCCAGCCACAGGAAAGCCUGCUUUCCAGAGCACCCUGUGGCACCCAUACCACUUGGAAACAGCUGGCACGCCAUUUCGAAGGAGGGCAGGAGGCAGAAGCCAUCACCACAGCGAGAAGGAGACCAUCCUGGUAGGCAGGGGCCAGCCUGCCUAAGGGUGCUGCCCAGGCUGAAGCUUUCGGGAGUGACCAACCUGUCGUACUCCAGCCCUGUGCUGCAGUCGGUGUUCGGGCCCGGAGCGAGUGGCCAGGUCCCGGUGCUGAGGCCACUCCAGUGUGUGGGUGUGAGCAAGAAGACAGAUAUGCAGAAGGGCGCUAAGCCUCACCUGAAACAGUACCGCCUGCCCACAAUAGAAAGGAAAGGUGGGGGGCGCUGAGCCACGCUGUCUCACCCUGCGGAUUAAGACCAGGAGCGAGCAGGCCAGGCCCCGUGGAUCUGCUUCUGUGACACAGAGGGGGGCUUAGGACGCCUGGCGCAGGCCUCUGCGUGAGGUCUGCUGGCCCCUGAACGCUGUCCUGGGCCCAGCCUGCAGAGACCGGCCAGGCUGGCCUGCCGAUCUCCUCACCCUGCCCAUCUGACCCUACGCAGCUGUAUGGUGUUCCGGCCACAUAUACUCGCGAAGACACCUCAUUCUGGGGCAGGGAGUA